AUGGAACCUGAUGCAGGUCCAAGAUUCAAUGUCAUUGACUAUGGUGCCAUGGGCAAUGGUGAAGCUGAUGAUUCCCAAGCUUUUCUAAAAGCAUGGAAAGAAGCAUGUAAUGCAAGUUAUGGCACCCCAACACUUCUCAUACCCAGAGACAAAACUUUCAUGUUACAGCCUCUCUUGUUCAGUGGUCCCUGCAAGCCACCAACACUUCACAUUAAGCUGAAGGGAACCAUUACUGCCCCAAACAACAUCAAGGAUUGGAAAUUGGCAAAAAGUAGUAGGAAAGCAUGGAUCCGUUUCAGGAGCAUAAAUGGUCUUGUUAUUCGUGGAGGGGGACAAAUCAAUGGCCAAGGUGCUCCAUGGUGGAAUGCCUAUUUCAAUACUGAAAUUUACAGACCAACGGCUCUUCAUUUCCGUGAAUGCAACAAUCUAUUCCUUAGCGGAUUGACUCACAUCAACAGUCCCAAAAAUCAUGUAAGCAUAAAUAGAUGCAAUGGAUCGCUCAUCUCCAAACUUCAUUUCAUCGCACCAGAUCAAAGUCCAAACACUGACGGGAUUGAUAUCUCCUAUUCAUCCAACAUUCUCAUCAAGAAUUCUAAGAUGGAAACUGGUGAUGACUGCAUUGCCAUUAACCAUGGAUCCACCUUCAUCAGCAUAAUUGGUGUUUUUUGUGGACCUGGCCAUGGUAUCAGUAUUGGAAGCUUAGGAAAAAAUGGAGCUCAUCAAACAGUGGAAGAGAUACAUGUACGAAAUUGCACCUUCAAUAGAACAACAAAUGGAGCUAGAAUCAAGACAUGGAUAGGAGGUCGAGGAUAUGCAAGGAAGAUUACCUUUAAGGAUAUUAUACUUGUGGAAGCUACAAACCCUGUAAUUAUUGACCAACAAUACAACCCAUAUGAUAGUGGAGAUGCCGUGAGAGUGAGUGAUGUGAGCUAUCACAAUGUGAGGGGAACCUCAAGUUCAGCGCAUGCAAUCAAACUACAUUGCGACAAAAACAUAGGUUGCACCAACAUUGUAUUGAAGGGGAUUAACAUAACUACCAAUUCUGGGAAGAAAACUUAUGCAUCAUGCAAAAAUGUAAAAGGGGUCUGCUCUUUGUGUAAUCCCCAUGUGCCAUGUCUUUCAAAGUAG